AUGGCCACGUCGGUAGCACCCCCCGAAGACCAGAGCCGGCUCCUGGAGGAGGCAUUGGGGGUGGUGCGCCAACAGUCGGCUAUGAUGCGAAAAUGCCUCGAAACCCCGGGCAAACUCAUGGAUGCGCUUAAAUGCGGAUCAACGUUGGUCUCCGAGCUCCGAACGCCAAGUUUAGGUCCCAAGCAAUACUACGAACUUUACAUGGCCGUCUUCGAUGCCUUGCGACAUCUCUCUGUGUACCUCAAAGAGAACCACCCCGUUAACCAUCUCGCCGAUCUCUACGAAUUAGUUCAGUAUGCAGGCAACAUAAUCCCGCGCCUCUACCUCAUGAUCACUGUCGGCACUGUCUACAUGUCCGUAGAGGAUGCGCCGGUCAAGGAAAUCAUGAAGGAUAUGAUGGAGAUGAGCCGAGGUGUACAGCAUCCGACCCGUGGACUGUUUCUCAGAUACUACCUUUCUGGCCAAGCGAGGGACUACCUGCCCUCUGGCACCGGGGACGGCCCCGAGGGGAACAUUCAGGACUCGAUCAAUUUCAUUCUAACCAAUUUUGUCGAGAUGAACAAGCUCUGGGUGAGGCUUCAGCAUCAGGGUCCGUCACGGGAACGGGAGAAGCGCAUGCAGGAGCGCCGGGAACUGGAGCUUCUAGUGGGAAGUAAUGUUGUUCGCCUCAGUCAAUUGGUGGACCUGGAGACGUAUAAGUCUGGGAUUCUGCAAGCGCUCUUAGAACAGGUCGUUCAGUGCCGGGAUGUACUGGCACAGGAGUAUCUUCUUGAAGUUAUUACCAAAGUGUUUCCGGACGAGUUUCACCUUCAUACCCUCGAUCUAUUGCUCUCCGCUAUUUCCCGCCUCAAUCCCCAUGUGGACCUUAAGAAGAUUGUUAUAGGGCUGAUGGACCGCUUGUCAUCUUACGCAGCGCGCGAGGCAGAGACAUCUACCGAUCCAGAUACCAAGAAACAGAGAGAAGAAGACGCAGUGACGAAGCUUCUUGAAAACCUCAAAGUCUCUGAAGAGGCGAAGGAUAAGUCAAAGGAAGAUGGGGAGACAACGACUGCUCAGGAGAAUGGCAUCGAAAAGACAACAAAUGAGACGCCGGAGACGACCAAACCUGCCGAGGAAGAGCCUGCGGCGAAUGGGGAUGGCGAAGACGAGAAGCCCACUGCCCCUCAAGACGUCAAGCUCUAUAACAUCUUCUAUGAACAAGUAGUCAACCUGAUCAAGUCCCGUGGUUUACCAAUACCAGACACUAUGGCAUUACUGGUUUCGCUGGUCAACCUUGCGCUCAACACCUACCCUGAGCAUUUGGAAUAUGUCGACCAAGUACUUCAGUUUGCUACCAAGGAGACUGCCGAGUAUACCGACCACGCAGAUUUGCACGCAGCACCAACACAAGAGAACCUUCUUCACCUGCUCAUCGCCCCGCUUCGCUCAUAUGUCUCGAUUUUCACGGCUUUAGCUCUGCCCCACUACCUCCCACUCCUAACCUCUCAGUCCUAUCCCACUCGACGCUCUGUUGCAGGGGAGAUUGCCCGAAGUUUACUCAAGAAUCAUACCUUGAUCACGUCGACAGAAAACCUAGACCGGGUACUACAAGCUUUGCGAGUCUUGAUCAAAGAAGGAGCGCAGCAAGGUGGGGGUUAUCCUGGGUUGCAAAACCAGCGACGAGGCGAAACAGACGAAGCGGUCGAAGAACAAGGUUGGCUGGCGAGGAUAGUUCAUCUCCUACAAGCCUCGGAGAAUGACACCCAACUCAAGCUGCUACAAGCCGUUCGAAAAGCCUACCUGGACGGCAAUGAAAGGAUUCGAUACACCUUCCCCGCCAUUGUCAGCUCUUCAAUCCGUCUGGCUCGGAAGCUCAAAUCUCGUGAGCAUUACGAUGACAACUGGCAAACACAAUCAUCAGCACUAUAUCGAUUUAUGCAUCAAUGCGUUAACAACUUAUAUCAGCGCGUAAACCCUGGUUGCGCGGAUCUAUCACUACGGUUGUUCAUCAUGUGCGGCGAGGUUGCCGAUCAGACCGGAUUCGAAGAGUUCAGCUACGAGUUCUUUGCUCAAGCCUUUACCAUUUAUGAAGAUUCAAUAAGUGACUCCCGAGCCCAGUUUCAAGCCGUCUGUAUCAUCGCCGGGGCCCUCCACGGCACCCGAGGCUUCUCCAAGGAGAAUUACGAUACUCUAAUCACCAAGGCCGCCUUACACGGAAGCAAACUCCUCAAGAAACCUGAUCAAUGUCGUGCAGUCUAUCUAGCUAGCCACUUAUGGUGGGUGAUUGAAAACCCUCACCGCGGCGAAGAGGACCCCAAGAAUCUCUACCGAGACGGCAAACGCGUCCUCGAAUGCCUCCAGCGUGCGCUUCGUGUAGCGGAUGCCUGCAUGGACACCGCUGUUUCCGUCGAGCUCUUCGUCGAAAUACUCAAUCGUUAUGUGUACUAUUUCGAUCAGCAGAACGAGACCGUCACGACGAAGUACUUGAAUGGCCUUAUCGAACUCAUCCACUCAAAUCUCCAGACAGAUCAAGAUGAACCAAAUCCCGCCCUUGAGAACCCAAGGAGGCAUUUCCAGCGGACACUAGAGUAUAUUCGCUCCAGGGAGUUUGAGGGGGUUAUCACGGAUCCGAGAUCCUAG